AUGGAUGAAUAUGAUGGUUCAUAUCAUUCAGUGGCAGUCACAUCACUUCCCAAGAUAGUUUCAAGAAAGAAACCACAACCACAACAACCACAAUCUGAAAAUGGAAAAGAGAUUGGAACAGUAACAACAAAUUCGAUAAAGAAAGAUAGUGAAACUAUUACCAAACAACAACAACAAUCGAAUUAUCAUCAUGUAGACGAAGCAACUGCUUUAUUAGAGAGAAAAGAAACAAUAGUAACAUCAGCAUCAGCAUCAACAAAAGAUAAAAACAACAAACAAUCUGUUAACAAUAAUGAAAAUGGUAAUGUUAUUGUUGAUUUAGAUAAUCAAUCUCAAGAGAUUAUCAUUGCAGAUACAGAUCAAAUCAGUAAUGAUAAUAAGAAACAACAGACACUCGAUCUAAUUAGAGAACAUUUCAUUUGGACACCAUUGUCAGAGAGAAACACCAAUGAUUUCGAUGUAUUUCUCGAGCAAAGAAUCAAAGCUGCAUUCAAGAACGACACUAAACCACGUGAACAUCAAUGGAAAACCAUUCAGUCCAUUGUCAAAGAUCUUGCCUAUCCGAAAUACCAAUCAUCCUUUCAAAAUGGAAAACGUUACAACUAUCUCAUCCAACAUGCUGCCGGUUCUGGAAAGUCAAUGACCAUAGCAACUCUUGUCUAUACUCUCUAUAAAUUAGAGAUUGAAAUUCGAUACGAUUGUUAUUAUGAAUGA